CCCUUCCAGCUGUCGGGAACAUCAGUGACGAGCUGAUCAGUUAACAGUGAGCCCUCCCGCAAACAUCCACGCGGGAUUUGAUCAGCGCGACAGAUCACCCCUCCUAAACCAGCCCCCGGGUUCAAGGUUUGCCCCUCCCGCCCAGCGCCAAUCUGAGAUGGGCAGAAGGAGGGGGCGGGAAGGUUAGUUUGAAGAGGGCAGAGCUCUGCGAGAGGACGCCGCUUCCCCCCGUUAUUUCACCGCUGGAUUAAAAAAAAGAAAGAAAGAGAAAAAUUAUCCAAAUCCAGUGGCCGGUAACAGCUGAGGGAGAAAUCAGUCGGACCAAACGGCAGAACCUCAUCAACUCCAAGGAAAGCCAGGAGUGAGAGAGAGAGAAGACACACACACACAACAGCAGGAACAUCAUCCUCAUUGCUGCUGACCUGCGCAGAGACUAUGGCUGCUGCACGUUGGAAGCCUCAGUCAGUGGAUAUUGGCUUUUGGCUCCUCCUGUUCCUCAGCCUCAUUCCUGAAUGCAGGGCAGUAGUUGGACACAGAGAGCCGUUGCCUGAUGACAGUAAAGACAACAUCACCAUUUUCACCCGAAUCUUAGACAGGCUGUUGGAUGGAUAUGACAACAGGCUCCGUCCCGGGUUGGGAGAGAGCGUAACAGAAGUGAGGACAAACAUCUAUGUCACGAGUUUUGGACCCGUUUCAGACACAGACAUGGAGUACACCAUCGAUGUCUUCUUUCGCCAGAGUUGGAGGGAUGAGCGGCUGAAGUUCGAUGGGCCCAUGCAGGUUUUACCCCUCAACAACCUCCUGGCCAGUAAGAUCUGGACUCCUGAUACUUUUUUCCACAACGGAAAGAAAUCUGUAGCCCACAACAUGACAACUCCUAACAAACUGCUACGACUAGUCGACAACGGCACGCUUCUAUACACAAUGAGGUUGACCAUUCAUGCCGAGUGCCCCAUGCACCUGGAGGAUUUCCCGAUGGAUGCACACGCCUGUCCUCUGAAGUUUGGAAGUUAUGCUUACACAAAUAAUGAGGUGAUCUACCUGUGGACCCAGGGUGACGAGAGGUCUGUCGCUGUGGCAGAGGACGGCUCCAGGCUGAACCAAUAUGACUUACUGGGACAUGUUAUUGGCAAAGAAACCAUCAGUUCCAGCACAGGCGAAUAUGUAGUGAUGACAACAUAUUUCCAUUUGAAAAGGAAAAUUGGCUAUUUUGUGAUUCAAACCUACCUUCCGUGCAUCAUGACUGUCAUACUGUCUCAGGUCUCCUUCUGGCUAAACAGAGAAUCCGUUCCGGCGCGCACAGUAUUCGGUGUCACCACUGUCCUAACCAUGACUACCUUGAGCAUCAGUGCUAGAAACUCCCUUCCUAAAGUGGCCUAUGCCACCGCCAUGGACUGGUUCAUGGCUGUGUGCUAUGCCUUUGUCUUCUCUGCCUUGAUUGAGUUUGCCACAGUCAACUACUUCACCAAGCGCAGCUGGGCAUGGGAUGGGAAAAAAGAGGGCAUGGAAAUAAGGGAACCGUUUCAGGCUAACAUGGCCAGGAUUAAAGAUAUGAGAAGAGAAUCUGCGACUUUGUCCAAAAAGGCGAACAACACCUUCAACAUUGUCGGAACCACCUACGCCAUCAACGUAGCUAAAGAUCAAGGUUUAACGACCAUUUCCAAGAGCGCGGGAGCAUCGGCGAAGCAUCCCUAUAUGCCUGACCCCUACAUAGAGGCCAAGAAAUCCUACAACCGUGUCAGCAAAGUGGACAAGAUAUCACGCAUCAUUUUCCCAAUUUUGUUCUUCAUCUUCAACUUGGGUUACUGGGCCACAUAUGUCAACAGAAAGCCCGCUAUCAUGAAGGCAAACAACCUAAACUGAGUCUGACCAAAUGCUCGGCUUGAUUGGGUUUGGUUUCGGUGUGCCAAGUCCAUUACAUCUUUUUUUGUGCGUGUGUACGUGUGUGCGCGCAUGUUUUGUGUGUCUGUUUUUUCUUAGGCAUCUGAUAUUUUGCACGUCCGUAUAGAUGGAAGGCAAAUUUGACCAUACAGUAGAUUCACAUAGAGUAGUGGACCGUGGAGGAAGCACAUUGUCACGUCAGUCUGUGUUUGUGCAGCAUUUCUUUUUAGUUUCGUCCCCUCCACACUUAGCUCUGGCCCUGUUCUCUGUUGUGAGUAACCCGGUGAUCUUUGCUGUACCUUUGGCGGCUUGCUGUUUUGUAGAGUAGUCAAAUUGCAUUUUCCACCAAAUUUGGACAUGUUUGCGCUUUUCUUAUGAUAAGUCAGGGCAAGCAUGCGUUCAAUGUUCUCGUUGUAGCUCAUUACCAAUAAUAAGACUCUGUCACGUGCAUUGAGUUUGAGAUAUGCAUGCAGACAUGCACACGAACACAUGCAUCAGAAGACACCAAGAGAGCCAUUUGCUGGUCGCUUUACUGUUAUUCUGUUAGCUGGGGGCAGCCUGUGUAGGUCCAUAGGAACAUCGUUAAUAAUCGUCAGUGUCUGACCUUCAGCUUGCGGUGAAGUUCAACAGUCCCAAUACAGUAUUAUCUGCAACUGCUUUCGCGUCUCAUUGGGCUGCCUGUACAUUUUCUAGUUCAGUGGCUCUUUGAGGUUUAAUUGGCUAUGUCCUACGACAGAGAAGCUACGUGCCUUGGUAAAUACACACAUCACGAAGCAAAAAAGGCUUUGACAUGCUUACACUUGCAUUUCCACACAUAUAGAAGGCGGUCUGUGUGUUUACAUUACAUACAAACAUUUACAAACUGGCAUCCAUGCUCUGCAGUGUAGUGCAGUAUGGGCUGUGCAUCACGCACCGCGCCGGUGGAGAUGGGUAUAAAGUGUAAAUGUUUCCCAUGAGUGCCGAAGGCUAACAGACCUUUCAGCACUAGUGAAAAGCUGAAGCAAAGAUAUUAAAGGAUAUAUCAUAGUCCGUGUGCCAUUUAUGUUUUGACAUCUCUGUGAGCUGAGCAGUCAUUACAAACUACCGCCAUUACCUCAGACUGAAGUCGAAUUCACACAUUAUUUUUUUUCGCCGUUCAAAUGCAAAUAACGUGACACGUUUCACAAAUUAAAUCAUAGCAGACACUCGCCCUUUAAGUAAACUGUGAGCAGGCACCUUGAAACCUUUUUUUUUAUUGUUUUUGUUUUUCACCCUUAUUUUGUUUCCAUCGGUCACCGUAGCCACACUCAUGCACAAGCGUUUUGAUUCGUGCUGUAUUUUUUGCCCUUUUAUACUUUAUCGUGUAAAGUCGGUCGGUGUUGAUUUGAUUGUCUCCAUAUACUGUGUUUUGUAGUAAAAGUCGAGUCACAGUCAUGCGGCAUUUCUGAACACAUUUCGGAGACACUGCCAUCGCUGGCGACAGUUGCAUUGCAAAAUUCAUAAUAAUAAAACAACAACAAAUUGUUCUGAUCGCGCCAAAGAGCCCCUAACGAUGGAGCGAUGAUCGCUCGUGCAUUGAAUUUGUCUCUGAUUUGUUUAGCGGUGUCUGUAUUCCUGUGACACUCUGUGUUAUGUGUGCUAAGCAUUUAUGCAGGUGUAACUCUAAAGCCAUUUCUGUUGCUUUUUAUGCUAAGCAAACUGUUUUUCAUCAUGUUAAAUACCUGCUCUGACAACCACUGUACUCGAUACUCUUUCAUACAUUAAGCUUACCAUUUUCAGUGGUAAGCUUAGGACAGUGAGUGAACCGUGUUGUGGCACCUGUAAAGGUUUGUUAAUACAAACCACGUAGAAGUGUUCAGUCAUAGCUUAAUGCAUGGUGAAGUCUGUACACGUUUUUUCGUCUUUGGCCUCAAAUAUUGGUGUUUGUCACUAAGGAAAUAGGGCUUGGUAUCAAUGUGUUGUACUUCAUCCCAGUUACUCAUAACCUCUCAUAACCCAGCAUCUGUAUAAACACGCAUUAUUCCAACUAUUUGUGCAUACUAAUGCAAUGUUUAUGCUUUACAGCUGGUACAGAGUUUUGGGAGUGUUUUUACCCUUAUUUGGUCACACACGCACAGUUCGCACACACUGAACUGGCUGUGCAGUCAUCUUAAAUAAUGUUAAGCCAGUUCAUACAUGAAGAUACAGGACAACAACAAUACAAUACAAAAUUUUGUUCUGUGAUUGAAAGAAUUAAGUUAAGUACAUCGAACAAGUUGUGAAUUUAGCCGACAUAUAACAUGAUGAAAACAAGCUAUUCUUAUCAAAUAUAUAUAUAUUAUAUAUUAUGUGUACAA